GCGCGUGCGGGCUGGCCCGUGCUUUCUGACAGGCUGUCUUUCUUUCUCGCGUGUUUUCCUCGCGCGGGUGGAGCGGUGAUGCAGCCGAGCGCAGGUGGAGACCGCGGCCGGUGAGCGAGGCGCCUUCGGGGGGGAACCGAACGUCGAGGAUCCGGGAUCAUCUGUGGGAGGAAACCGUGCGCCCUGCGGCGGAGGAACCGGGCUCGUGGGGCGGAGACGCCGACGUGACGUGACGGAGGCUGAAGCGCUCCGUCUGCGCGCGCCGGAGGCUGAUGUGAGGCUCCGUGAUCGGACCGACGGCCGGAGCCCCCCCCCCCGACCCCUACCCGCCUGAAAGCCCGGUGAUAUGCGGGGAUCGGGGCGCGCGCUGGGCGGAUCAAAGGGGAACAAAACAGCGGACCGAAGGACGAAGUGCGAACCGGGAGAGUUUUCCGACGAUGGUCGACCCUUCGGAUGUUGAGGAGCAGAGUAAGUGUAAGGGCCCGCAGCUGGAGGCCCCGGCUGUGGUUCACAACGACCCCCGCCUGCCGGAGCCGACUGACGGCACCACCACAGAGGACGAGGGGGACGCGGGGUUUGAGACGCCGCCCACUGGCAGCUCUGAGUCGAGCCCCCACCAUGCCGCGUCGGCAGCGGAGCCGGAGGUCGCCUGUGAGGAGGCGGCGCUUCUGCAGCCGCCGACUCACGAGGAUCUGCCUCCCAAAAUGCACCUGGACCUGUACAACUUUGACUCCCCGGCUGCAGAGGGCAGCCGCUAUGUGCUGACCAGCCCUCGCUCCCUGGAGGCGUGCGCCCGAUGCGGGGUCAAACCCGUGGAGCUGCUGCCCCGCCCCCUCACAGACUUCAUCCGGGAGUCUCCCGGUCACUCCAUGCGGGUCGCCACGGGCCUCUUUGAGGUCUACGAGAAAGACCGGCACGCCAAGCUGAGGCAGUGCCGGGAGGAGAGGGAGAGGAUCGUCCGGGAGGAGAAGAGGAGGAUCCUGCAGGCGGCGGUCAACAGCGGCGGCUCUCACGGAAGCAAAGCCUCAUCCGGACCCAGCCUGGCCCCGAAAUCUGGGCCGGCGACCGAAGCGGGAGCAUCCCCCAGAUCCACAGCUACAGCCUCCAGAGAAGGCCCCGCAAAGACCCCCACCUCCACUCUCAAUACCUCGCCCAAGUCCGCCCCCUCGCGGUCAACGCCGUCCUCAAAGACCGCCUCGGUGACAUCGUCCCAGUCCUCCAAGAGUGGAUUCCAGGGUUCCAUCAAACAUCCAACAGAGCGGCCGCUCUCCUCCGGUCCUCCCCCAGCGGGGAAGAAGGCCCUCGCUGGUAAAUCCUCAAACACCUUCCCGAGAUCUUCACCCAGACCUCCAUCCUUCCCCCGAGCCAACUCCACCCUGACCUCAUCGGGACCCGCCGGGCCUCUCAACGGUGCCCCCAGAGGGCCGUUCUCUCAGCACAACGGACACCUUCACUCCAAAGUGAGAGGAAAGAGCCACUCCCUGGAGUCCCUGCAGAGGAGGAAGGACCCCUUCUGCUCCUCCACCUCCACCACCACCUGCACCUCAUCCGAGUCCGGAGCCUCCUCCUCCUACAGCUGGGACGGAGCGCGGGACCACUGGGCCAAGGUCUCCAGCCCUCGCGCUCGCACUCUGGCCACCUUCAACUCUCUGAUGGGCCGCAGCCUGAGCCUGGGCGACCUGAGCCACUCCCCCCAGACCACGCAGAAGGUGGAGCGCAUCGUGAAGGAGGUGAAGCGCAGAGGCCUGAAGGCCGUGUCCGAGCGCGACCGCAAGAUCGCAGCUCUGAUGCUCGCCAGAUACCAAGAGGAAGACAUCAUGAGUCAGACGCGCUACGUGGCCCAUCUGCAGUGGGACAGCGAGCGCCGCAUGGAGGAGCUGCGGCGGGAGCAGGAGGAGCGGGAGAAGCAGCGGGCGGUGCAGCAGUGCCAGCGCGUGUGGCACACCCAGGUGUCCAUACGCCAGCGCAGGAUCAGCAUGCAGGAGCGCGAGUCCGCCGCCGCCAAAAUGCGGCAGGUGGAGGAAAGCGAGGAGCGCUGGAAGGAGCUGGCGGAGCAGCAGGAGCGCAGCCGUCUGCUGAAGCUCCAGCAGGCGGCCCGGGAGGAGAAGCACAAAAAGGCUCUUCAGGAACAGAACCUGAAGGCCCUGGAGGAGGAGCGGGCCGCCAUGCUGGAGCAGGAGAGGCUCCUGCUGGAGGAAAAGCUCACCAUGGCUGAGCUGAAGAGGCAGGAGAAGGAGCACCAGGCCCAGCAGGAGCGACAGGGUCUGAACAAGGCGGAGAAGAGGCGCCACGCAGCCCUGAUCCAGGAGAUCGCUCGCAGGGAGCAGGAGGAGAGGGAGGAGGCCAAGAGGGCCGCAGAGGAGAAGCUGAAGCGAUCUUUCGAGAACUACGGGCAGAUUGUGGAGAAGCGGGGACAGGAGCUGAAGGAGAAGGCCAAGCGCGAGGAGAAGCAGAUCCAGAAGGCCCGGAAAGCGGCGGAGAAGCGCGAGAGGGAGCAGAAGCAGCUGGUGGAGGCGCGCGCCAAGGAGGCGGAGAAAAGAGCUCAGCAGGCGGCGCUGGUGGCCGAGGAGCGGGCCAGGGAGAAAGCUCAGAGGGCCGUCCAGAGCCGGCAGGAGAAGGAGCGCCUGCAGAGGCUGAACCGGCAGCGCGUGGAGGAGGAGGAGCGGCAGCGGCGCCUGGAGCUGCUGCAGUCCAUCGAGAGGAAGCUGGAGAAGAGCGAGCAGAUCUUCAGGGAGAAGAAGGCGGUGCUGGAGAGCGCUCGCUCCGUGGCGCGCGCCUCCUUUCACGUGCGGGACAAAGUGCGGGAGGAGACCAACAUGCGCACGUUUGAUAAGAUGGUGCUGGAGGCGCAGCUCAAAGCCAGCCUGGAUGAGAAGAAGCAGCUGUAGCUCCUGCCAGCCCUCCACCUCCUCCCGGUUCCCUUCAGCCUCCUCCUCCGCUCCCGCCCACCCAACCCGUUAUGUCAUAUCAUGGAUGCGUUAAGACGUCACCUGAAGCAGCUGUGAUGGGCAGCAGAGCAGGACCCCCGGCCCCCCGCCCCGUCUGCUUUAGCCGCCGGACUGAAAAGGCGCCAUUGUUCAUCGGGAACCACAAGUCCUGAGGCUUUCCAGGGAGUCGGUCUGUGAGGGAGGAGGGAGACCUGGAGGAAACAACACGGGGGUUUGUUUGGGCUGAGACGCCCCCUCUGCAGGACCGCCCCCUCUGCAGAUCCUGGAGGUGGUGAAGAACAACCCGUCCUUUAGCUCCUCUAAAGAUUCCUCCCCUGGAAAUGUCCGCAAAUCAAGGCUUUAAUCAGCAGAGAAGAAAUCCCAAAGCUUCUGACAGCAGCUGCAGCAGCAAACCAACCUGACGUUCAGCAUCUUCAUCAUCCAGACUUUCCUUCCUUCCUUUCAGGCUGAUCCUCACGCGUGGGCUCCGCUUCCAUCUCACGUUGGAUUUUAUGAAACAUUUCGUCAUCCUCAUUCAGUCUUUUUCUACUGUGAAUUAGUUUUCAGGUUUAUCGCUAUUAUAAAGUUAGUACCAUCGCUGUUCCUAUGAACUUUUGUAGUGAACAACACAAUCAGUGCAAACAAUCAAAAUGGAGAAAAUAAACGUUUUCUGAUGUGGACUCGGCA